AUGGGGGAGCCGGGGGAGGGAAGCGCAGCGCCAGAGACCCCCGUGCCCACCUACAGCUGGGAAGAGAUCCGGAAGCAUUGCCUGCCCACGGACAAGUGGCUGGUGAUAGAGCGGAAGGUGUAUGACAUCACCCGGUGGGCUGAUCGGCACCCUGGAGGCAGCCGCCUCAUCAGCCACCAUGCCGGAGAGGAUGCUACGGACUCUUUCCAAGCCUUUCACCAGGAUCUGUGUUUUGUGAGGAAGUUCCUGAAGCCCCUGCAGAUUGGGGAGCUGGCCCCUGGAGAGCCCAGCCAGGACAGACAGAAAAAUGAGCAGCUGAUUGAGGAUUUCCGUGCCCUGCGUAGGGCUGCAGAGGACAUGAAGCUGUUUGAGGCCGACACCGAGUUCUUUUCCCUGAUCUUGGGCCACAUCCUGCUCAUGGAGGGGCUCGCAUGGCUGGUGGUCUACCUCCUGGGCACUGGCUGGGGCCCCACCAUCCUCACUGCUGUGAUCCUGGCCGUCUCCCAGUCUCAGUCCUGGUGUCUACAGCAUGACCUUGGACAUGUGUCUGUCUUCAAGAAGUCCAGGUGGAACCACGUGGCCCAGCAGUUUGUGAUGGGGCAGCUGAAGGGUUUCUCGGCCCACUGGUGGAACUUCCGUCACUUCCAGCACCAUGCCAAACCCAAUGUCUUCUACAAGGACCCAGAUGUGACAUUGGCCCCUGUUUUUCUCCUGGGAGAGUCAUCAGUGGAGUACGGCAAGAAGAAGCGGCGGUACCUGCCCUACAACCAUCAACACCACUAUUUCUUCCUGAUCGGGCCACCCCUCCUCACACUGGUGAAUUUCGAGGUGGAAAACCUGGCCUAUAUGCUGGUGUGCAUGAGGUGGAUG